UGUUAUUUUAAGCCAGACACCGACACAAGUUUCAAACUGACUUUCCAGGAAUCAUCAAUAUAUUUAAAUAAAAACACUACUUUUACACCAAACAGAGUUGAAAGAAUGACAUUCUUCGAGAAGGCGGCGGCCACCCGGAAAGAAUCAUUCCUAACCGGUACCCAAUUUUUCGGUAAGCGCAAUGAGCUGGGCAUGCAGGAGUUCGGAACAUAUAUAUUUCCGGAUGGUACUCAGUACGACGGCGAUUUCAAGAACAAUCGCUUCCACGGUAAAGGCUCCAUCCAGACCGCGGGUCCCGAUGGCGUCACCUUCACGGUGACCCAUCACCAUGGACGGCUGACGAGCAUCGACAAGAUCGAGUUCAACGAUCGCCUGGAUGUGGACUUUGAAAUGAAGGAGGAUCACACUAUUGGCUUCAAGCCGUGGAUGUACUGCACUUCCCAGGAUCGUCGCUUCCAUGGGGAAAUAACGGAUACGCUGGAGCCGGUGGGUCCCAAUAGUUUUAGGUGCAAGGACGGACCCAAUCCUCCCAAUUUGGCUAACAACAUCUUUGACCUGGGCUUUGGCCUUCUGAGCCGACAGGGCUUCAUGCUGGACACCAAAACCUUUAGCAACCGGAGCUUCUAUCUGGGCAGUCGCAAAGUGCGUCGCUGGAUCCGUGAGAACUGCCGCCACGGUACCCUGGUGGGCCAUCACCUCAAGCAGAAGGUCCAGGCGCAGUUUACCCGAGAGAUCAUCGAGAACAAUGUGAAGUACUCUGGCUGCACCCGAAAGAAUGGCAUCGCGCCGGUUCAUAUCUGCCGGCGCUCUACCAGCCUGGAUAGCUUCAGGUCGCGGAAGUCCACCCGUGUCCACCUGGCCAGCACCACCGACAGCUGCUCCUCAAUGGCUGACCACCUGCUGAACCGCCACCGCCCCUGUGCCACUAAGAUUCGUCGAUCCAAGAGCGAGAGCAACGUGUAAAGAUGGUGAUGAUGAUGCGUUUCGUUCCUGGGUUCCAUUUCUUUCGAUUCCACAUUUGAGGCUUCAAAUUAAUAUUUUGUGUUUGUGCUUGGCUGACCCACAUUCUGGGUCGAAGGCGUUGGCCGUGUUAGGAGCCAGGAUUUAUGGCGAAACCGCGAAAACUGCAGUCGAACAUGGAAAGCCACUUAGGCCUACAUUCGACUUGAGUAAUAGGGUCAGCUGCACGGAAAAGAAAAGGCUUUGGCUUUGUUGUGAAUAUCCUUAUGGAAAAAUAAUAAGUGAAAUAUU